GAGAGUGGGAGCAGGUCUGCAGUCCGACUCUUGGCGUUAAGACCAGAGAUAGAGACAGUAGCCUACUAUACUGUACCGCUUUAGGAAGGCUGCAAUAGCCUAGACUACGGGAAAUACACUAUCCAUUCAUUUCUCAAAUCAUCAAGAUGAUUUCAAAUAUCUUGUGGGUUGGGAACUUUUGAAAAGGCAUCGUUUUGGUGGAUUUUGGACAACCUGUAUUCUUCUCCGUUAUUCUACGGCGUUCUUGCAUUCCACGGACCUGUGAAAUGUGGAUUAUCGACAUUGGUGAUGAUGCUGCUCGUUAACUGGGAAUAAAUAAGACGCGCCAUCGACACCAGCACUAGCCCCAUGGGGCAAAGGGUAAAAAAAUAAGGAUCUCUAGUUUUUAUCCAUCCUCUCGAAUCGAAUCUAACAUUUGGAGUGGACGACGGAUUUGUGUGAAUGUUUCCCAUGGGUAGAUAAGUCACCACUUUGUUUUUUUACCCCCCCCCCCCCUCCCGCCUGGACUGACUGGGCUCUGGGGUUUUCUCUUCUUCUCCGUUUGAGAAUCCUCCUCCUGUGAGAUAGAUUCUGCUAACCCCGCGGUCCGCAUGACAUGGUUCAGUCCUGUUGUCGGUGCCGAGUCUCGAUGCAUUGGGAUUUCUCUCAGCACCGAACACCAAGUAAACCUUCUUUCUGAACCCGUCUAAUAAAACCUGCCAGCUGCCCCCGAACCGAAAUAAAACCACACCUGCCAUGACCGCCUCUUCGAACCGGGACGGAACCGGACACAUUACCGGGCACGUUCGGAGGACAGCAUACAGAUGUAUUAGCAGGCAUACCAGGACCGGGCCAAGGAAAGUGGACGGAAUACGGAUUUUUGCGUUAAUGAAGGCAGGAGUAGCAGCGCACCAUUGGAGCCGGCUUGUGUUCUUGUUUAUGGGGCUACUGGCAGCCUCAGCCUCCGUUACGGCUCAGAACUGCAGUUAUACUCUCCAGAGCCCCAACGGUACGAUAGAGAGCCCUGGCUACCCAUACGGCUACCCCAACUAUGCCAACUGUACGUGGGUGAUCCUGGCAGCGGAACACAACAGGAUACAGCUGGUAUUCCAAGGUUUCGCUCUAGAGGAAGACUUUGACCUGCUGUCGGUCUACGACGGUCCGCCCAGCCCGGGGAACCUUAGGACCAGGUCAGAAUUAUGAUCUUGGAUGAUUUGCGAUAAGAUGGUUGGGCUUAAUAGGGACAGGACUUUUUCCUUGGCAAGGUGACAGGAUCAGGAAAAACUCUGAUGCAUUGAGUUGGCACUAGUCUGUGCAAUGUGAGGUGAUUCAUCAUAUCUCCCAGUGAGAUACGUGUGCAGGGCACUGGAGAUUAGACUUGCCCUCUGCAGUACCACUACAAUGGUCUGUAGUGGACCGUAACACUAACAGUAGUCUGUAGAGGACAGUAUCACUAACAGUGGUCUGUAGGGGACAGUAUCACUAACAGUGGUCUGUAGGGGACAGUAUCACUAACAGUGGUCUGUAGGGGACAGUAACACUAACAGUGGUCUGUAGGGGACAGUAUCACUAACAGUGGU